AUGAGCCGGAAGAGGAAGCUUCUGGAUGAGGUCCCAGACCCGGAGCGCGCCAAAGCGCGCGCGCUGCUCUGCGGCAGCUUCGGAAACGGAAACGCGCCGAGUCCGGGAACGAAGGACGAAAUCAUUGCGCGCCUUUCAGAAGAACUGGAACAUUUGAUCUUCCAGCAAUCUGCUUCGAGCCUUAGCGACUACCGCGCAGAGAUGCGCAAAGUCGUGGCCUCCCUACGCCGCUGCGAAACGCUGCGGGCAAGGCUGGUGCAGGGCGAGGUGAAGGCGAGUCACCUCUUGGCGGAGCCGCAGAUGCUGCUGACCGAGGAGCAGCGCUUUCUGCGUGCCAAAGUGCGCCAGGAGUCUUUAGAGCGCUGCUUGAAGACCAGCUUCGGGAAACUAGGCUAUUUCCUCCUGGGUAUCGAUUGUGAUGGCUCCAACUGCUCCAUCACUUGCGAGAGACGACAUUUGGAAUCUCGUGAGCAGAUGCGAGGCAGGUGGCCACAGCUGGAGAAGAAUCACGUGGUAAUCUGUGCGGGUCCGGAGCGAUCGGGGAGCACCUGGCUCUACAAUGCCAUACGGCUCUUGCACCUGAAAGCCAAGGCACCAAGUGGCGGCAAGUCCGAAAUUGCACCUGGUUUGUCGGAAGUGCCUUGCGAUUCGUAUUGGCUCAGCCGCUUGAGUCGUGAGAAUUUGGAGGAGCGGCUGAGAGCCAAGCCUGCGGCGGUGGUCUUGGUGAAAACCCAUGAGUGGUUUGACCACUACCCAGACUUCAUCCACAUGGCGAAGCACGUCUUCCUCACACAUCGCGACCUGCGAGGCGUGGUCGCCUCGUACCGCCGGGUGAAGUGGGGGCUGGCCAUCCCUGACGCCUACGUGGCUGAGCAUUGGGAGUGGGUGAAGAGAUGUUCUUUGGACCUCAGCUAUGAGCAAAUCAUGCGAAACGCGUUGGUUCCUUUGAAGGCCAUCGCUGAGCGUCUAAAUUUCCGCCUCACUGAGGAGCAGUUCGAGGAGGUGCGCGAGGACUUGCAAGAGCUGAAACGCAGCCACUGCGGCAAUGCUGUUUGCCAGGUCACCAAGUUGUGGCCGGACCACCGGUCGCAUGAAACUGAAGAGCUGCAGGGCAAGGGCGACAGUUCCAACGAGCAGCUCAAUGAGCUGAAGGAUCCGGAGUAUGCGCAGGUGCUGAACAGUCGCUUCAAAGAGUACCAGCGCUUCUACGGCUACAUCAGCUGA